ACAACACUGCACCUGUUAUCUCAACGUCAGGUAAACCAGGUAGGAAUAUGGAAGUAGUGGGACAGUAUACUUAGUUCGCUCUACUACCUUCACGCAUAUGUUUCAGUUUGAGAAGUAGUGGCACAAACAUAAAUAUCGAGAGUUUUUUAAAAUAUCUGAAAACGAUGAAGAUACUAGGUUUACUUAGUAUACUCUUCAUCCUUGAGGUCACAGGACGGGAUUUGAGGGAUGAUGUGACAAAAUCAAUCUACCUACAAGGAUGCAAGAGCCAGAAUAACAAAAAUAUGGCUUUGGAGAUUUCGAGCUGUUUGAAACCAAUCGACAUCAAGUCAGACUUCAACUGGACCAGCAAUAGUUUUACAGGCAUCCGUUUCAACAACGUCGUGAUCGAUAACCUUGAAGCAAAUGCCUUCAACCUCUUCACAGACUUAGAACACCUUGAAUUCAUAUCGACAGAUAUAAAAAAUAUGCACCCCCAAGCUUUCUACAGUGCUGAAUUGAGUACGUUGUCCUUCUCGAACUGCAAAUUCUGGUAUUUGCCAAAUAUCCAGUGUUUGAAUCUGGAGGAGUUGAUUAUUGCCAAUUGCAGCUUGAAAAGGGUGCAGAAAUUCGAAGAACUACCAUCUUUGACGCUUUUACAUCUGAAUGGCAACAGAAUAAGCGCUCUCAAGGAGAAGACCUUCGAAUCUUUAGAUUCAUUGGAAGAACUUCACCUGAAUAAUAACGAACUGACAGGUCUUCUGCCAAAAUUGUUCUAUUCCAACCCUCAACUUUCUUUCUUAGACCUCAGUCACAACUUGUUGACUACAUUUGCUCUUGAAGGAGCUAUGAAGCUAGAAUUUCUUUCGUUGAACAAUAACCGUCUUGAAGUAUUCGACGCUGCUUCAAGUAGAAAUCUUCGAUUUCUGAAGUCUUUGGAUUUGAGCCACAACAGGUUAACUAAAAUCAACCAAGAAACCUUCAAAAACAUGCCUGAUUUGGAAAUGUUGAAUUUAGGUUACAACGAAUUGACAGUUUUAGAUAACGACGUGUUCUCUUACAAUAAAAAUUUGGAGAAGUUGAUUUUGGAUGGUAAUCACUUCAAGACCUUACCAAUCUUCAAAGGACACACUGAUAUAUUCCGUAGAAUGUAUAACUUCUCCUGCAAAAAAUGUGGAAUCGUAUCUCUGUCUUCUUUAACAUUUGGCAGUAUGCCAGGUCUACUGAAAAUUUCUUUGUCAGACAACAACUUGGAAAUUCUCGACCCUAAAGCUUUCGCUUUGGUAUCAGGUCUAGGAAUUCUGGAUUUAUCCAACAACAGAUUAUCCAAGUUGGGAGGUAAUGUGUUUUCAGAUAAUAAGGAAUUGGUUGAGAUCAAUUUAUCUGGAAAUCCAUUGAAAACAUUGGAUCCUAAAGAUUUCAUCGACUUGAAGAAAUUGAAAAAACUGGAUGUGUCGAAUGCCCAUCUGAAGUCCCUUUGGAUCGACAAUUAUGAAUAUGUUCUGGAGAAUUUGGAGCAGCUCAUCAUUUCCAACAAUUCGAUUGAAUACAUCAGUACAGAUGACCUUAAAGUUAUGCCCAACUUAAGAUACAUCGACUUGGAAAAUAAUCCUCUGCAAUGUACUGUACAUUUAGCAAAUUUGAUCAACUGGCUGACUACUCACGAAGUCUUAUCAGUAGAGGGUGUAAACAUCUUAAGAAGAAAUGAGAAAUUAUUAGACGAAACACAAUAUUUCGAAGGUACCUACGAUCACAAAUCACAAUGGGAAAAAUUGGUGAAGAAAUCCUGUGUACCCAGUGACGAUGAGGAAAAAAAUAAGAACACAGACUUCGUAAUGAAUCUGAUCCUCCAAAACGCUAGGUUGAUUAAUUCUGUACCUAAAGUUGACCCGCCACAGCAAGCACCUAGUUACGAUGAUACGCCAGAUGACGAAGAUGAUGAAGAAAAUGACGAUGAUGAUGAUGAUUACUCUGAAGAUGGUGAAGAAACCGUGUUGGCGAGUAGAGAUGACUUCAAUUUGAACCAAAUGACUAACAUAAUUUCUGUUACAUCGGUGUUUGUUAUAACAGCACUGGUAGUACUUUCGGCAGCCGUUUCAAUUACUCUUGUUAUACUCAAGCGACACAAUACUUUGAAUAUCAACAACGCUAACCUUCCAAGAAUUAAAAUACCAAGAUGGGAAACUAUUCCAUCUCAAAAGAAACAUAGUGGUUCAGUUUAUCGACCAUUAUCUGAGGAAAUUUUAACUCCCCCAACACCAAAAUUCAAUCGUUAUGAAUUCAAAUCCAACCCAACUGUCCACAGUUCGCAACAAUAAAAAAAAGAUAAAUCAAAAAGUUUGAAAGAACUUUUUCGAAGGUACUAAUUAUCUUAGAGUUUAAUGCCAUAUGGGUGAUUCUUAGCUUGCAAUGAGGAAUAUUGAAAGUUUUUCUAGAUUGUUUUCUUAGAUAAACUGCAUUUGUGAUUAUGAUAUCGAUGAGAUAGAAAAAGCGUUGUUAUCCUUACAUUUUACUACUUACAUAAAAUACUUAUUUAAUUUUUUUUGUGUUAGUCACUUAGCUUUAUUUUGUAAAAUAAGUAACUUAAUUUUACUUGUGGAUUUAUGUAUGUAUUCUCAAAAUGAUUAACUCCAAAUAAACAUAAAGUUACAA